ACCACUACUGCCACCACCACCACCACUUUUCUAUCUCCUUUGCUUCGCUAAUUAUAUCCCAAUCGCCUUUGUCUUUACCAUCAAAGUCAAGGAUGGAGGCCUUUUGGAUGAGCCCCACUUUUCCACAACCAUUAUCAUCACUCCUAAUAGGCCUCCUGUCUCUCCUCUUCCUUCUCCUCCUCCCUGAUCUCCAUUCCACCGCCACCACCGCCACCGGUAUCCGCCUCGGGGUUAUCCGGAAGCCGUCCCCAGAUGUCCCCAUCUUCCGUGAAGCCCCUGCCUUUCGGAACGGAGAAACAUGUGCCUCUGAUGACAAAAUCCACAUUGCCAUGACAUUGGAUUCAAACUACCUUAGGGGUACCAUGGCAGCUGUGUUGUCCAUUUUGCAACAUUCAAUAUGCCCAGAAAACGUUGAGUUUCACUUUUUGUGGUCAAGGCAUGAGCCUGAUGUAUCCUCAAGCAUCAAAUCCACCUUCCCUUACCUUAGCUUCAAAGUUUAUCGCUUUAACUCCAAAAAGGUACGUGGGAAAAUAUCAAAAUCAAUACGUCAAGCACUAGACCAACCUUUAAACUAUGCACGUAUAUACCUUGCAGACAUUAUACCAGCCGAGGUAAAACGUGUUGUGUAUUUAGAUUCUGAUCUUGUAGUUGUGGAUGACAUCAAGAAGCUAUGGGAGGUGGAUUUGGAGAACAAGGUUUUGGCUGCACCAGAAUAUUGCCAUGCAAAUUUCACAACCUAUUUCACGGACUUGUUUUGGUCUGACCCUUCAAUGUCCAGUAUAUUUGAUGGUAGAAAGCCUUGUUAUUUUAACACAGGGGUUAUGGUUGUGGACGUGGAUAAAUGGAGGCAAGGAGAUUAUACAUCGAAAAUGGAGGAGUGGAUGGUAGUGCAAAAGCAAAAAAGGAUUUACCACUUGGGUUCUUUGCCACCAUUUUUGUUGGUUUUGGGUGGCGAUAUUACUGGUGUGGACCAUAGGUGGAAUCAACAUGGACUUGGUGGAGACAAUCUUGAAGGAAAAUGUAGGAGUUUGCAUCCUGGGCCUAUUAGUUUGCUUCAUUGGAGUGGGAAAGGGAAGCCAUGGUUGAGGUUAGAUUCAAGGAAGCCCUGCACUGUGGAUCAUCUUUGGGCUCCAUAUGAUCUCUACCGUUCAUCAACUCACUCUUUGGAAGAAUAA